AUGUUGCAUGAAUCAUCUUGUGAUCGACUUGAAAACCAACGAACCGAAGUACAAAGAGAAAGUGUUUCUUUUGAAUUCCCCGACUGUGCUCCCGGAUUCGUUGAACACAAAAGUACCCAUCCUCCACUGGUUGAUGAGUCUUCACAAUAUUUGCCUGUAGAAUGGAUCAAUUUACCAUCUUUAGCAAUACCCGAUGGUGCGCACCAUGCCGAAAGCGACGUCUUGUAUUUUCUGCUCCCGUCGAGAGAGGAUGCUGAAAAAGCGUUUUUGGGAUUUCAUGUUAUUGACAAAUCGAUGCAAAUAGUUGGCAAAACUACACAGUCAUAUUUCAAUGGAAGAGAUUUUUCGAAGAUCGAAGUACUUUCGCAGAUGUACCAAAACUUGGUUGACGUGCUCGAAGAAGAUUUAACCAAUGGCCAAUCGCCUAUAAUAGAUACAUCGGCGAGAAGAGAAAGGUUGUAUUUAACAUGUUUCCUAUGGUUUCGCCAACGUUUUGAUACCUCCAGGUCAUAUGUUUUCGGGCCAGGUUGGAGUGCGAGACAUUGGGAAGCAGGAACUAAAGUGGAAGAAUCGUUUACCACUUGGAUCCACGGAGCUACCUCCACCAUAGGCCAAGCAGCAGGACAACUACAGGGUCAAUGGUGGUUUCAAACUCGAGGGAAAAUGUUGAAACUGAUGACGUGGUCAAUAAUGCCG